AUGGCAAAGCCUUACAAAACAACACUGGCCGAUGUGGACGCUGGUAAAACCUGCCAGGUAUUUGCCGUAAAAGAUACCAGUGCCACCUUCCUGCAAUAUCUCCAAAAGCUGGGUAUUGAUAUUGGUACCAGCAUCCGGCUGGUAGAAAAGAUUGCCUUUGAUGAUUCGAUUGUGAUCGCCAUUGAAAAAUUGUGCAUCACAAAUGCUUGCGCACAGACCGCUCCAAUGAUCCAUUAUACAAUGGAAGAUGGGCUGCCUUCCAAUAAUGUAUACAAUGUGUACCGCGAUACGAAGGGAUAUUUGUGGUUUGGCACCGAUAAGGGAGUAGCACGUUAUAACGGGAUCUCUUUCCAGACAUAUACCAUGGCCGACGGCUUGCCGGACAAUGAGGUGUAUAUGAUCAAAGAGGAUAAACAACAACGCUUAUGGAUGAUCUUGUCGAAUGGUAAACUAUGUUAUUACAGGAACGGCAGAUGUAAAAGGAGACAGCGUGCAACUAUAUUACCUGGAUACGCUGGUGAAGAGAUAUAA